AUGCACUAUGUGGUACUAGAGCUGCAAGUUGCGCAUUUGCCAAAUAGUCCCAAGGAUCAAUGUCGCAUUGUGAAUAUAGCAUAUCAAUUCGUGGAUGCUGAAACAUUAGCAUGCCAUUAUGAGAACAAUUCUUUACCCAACAUUGAAGUGGAUAGAGAAACAAGGAGCUUAGAAACCGCAAUGAUACAAUUGGACAAAGCCAUUCAGGAUAUACUUGGAAACGAUGAAUUUGUCCUAGUUUCUCUGUAUUCCACUUGGCAUAUUCGUGUUACCUUACCACGUCAAGCGCGAGAUGAUGGCUUCAUUCUAACUUCUUAUUUGCAACAUCCUAAGCUGUUUGAUUUAUGGAAGGAAUUCGAUAGAUGGUGUGUCAACCAUCCGGAAAUUUUGGAACAAAUGAAAACCGCUUCGAAUAACAAUAAUUCUGGUACUAAAGGUAAUAGUGGUGGCUUGGCCAAAAAUGCAAAAGAUUUAGAUGAAAUGAUCAGAAUAUUGGAAAUUUCAUCCUCUACAGAAGAAGCUGUUUCUGUCCCAGAGGAAUACUCUCUGUUAAGGAGAACAACGGAUAUAUUAAUACAUUUGCACAGAAAGUGCUGUUCCUCGGAAGACAUGAAAUUUGUUUUGACGCAACCUUAUGACUCACAUACUGAUAUCAGGACGUUUCUACAAGAAAGAUCUAAGGUUUUGUACAUGAACAAUUUACCGCCUGACACAACUCAAAGCGAAUUAGAAUCGUGGUUUACCCAAUAUGGUGUGAGACCGGUUGGAUUUUGGACGGUUAAAAAUAUUGUGGAAGAUACUUCUAACAUUAAUAAUAAUUGGAGUUUAAAUAACAGUCCCUAUGUUGAAGACCAAGAUAGUAUUUCUGGGUUUGUUGUGUUCCAGACGCAUGAAGAAGCUACUGAAGUACUCGCAUUAAAUGGGAGAUCAAUAUUAUCAAACUUAGCAAACACCAAGCAACCAAGGGUAGUGGAACAUGUCCUUGAACUUCAACCUUCUUCCACCGGAGUACUCGAUAAGGCGCAAGAAAUUCUAUCACCCUUUCCUCAAAGCAAAAACAAACCAAGACCAGGUGACUGGAAUUGUCCAUCUUGUGGAUUUUCGAAUUUUCAAAGACGUACUGCUUGCUUUAGAUGUUCUUUUCCGGCACCAUCAAACAUUCAAACGCAUGUUACUUCAAGUAAUAAUGUCAAUAAUAGUUGGAAUAACUUAAACAACCGUAUGAACUCGGGGUCUUCGAACAACAAUAAUAACGCUAGCGUAAAUCACCCCUAUGGCACCUCUGAGUACAACAUGGUGGCUAAUGCAACGCCAUCUGCAUUUACAUAUAAUAGAGCUCAUUACUCAGCAAUUACACCACUAUCGCGACAAAAUUCAUUGAACAUGGUUCCAUCUAACAGCGGAUCGCCUAUAAUUAUAGCAGAUCAUUUUGGGGGGAAUAACAAUAAAGUUCCAAAUUAUCGCUAUAGCACUAACAAUAAUAAUAAUAAUAAUAUGACUAAUAAUAGAUAUAACAACGUCAACGGUAGUGGGAAUGGUAACGGAAACAACAUUAAUAAUAAUAACAAUCAUCAUAAUGGUAAUAAUAAUAAUAAUAUUAAUAAUAUUAACAAUCAUAAUAACAAUAACAAUAAUAAUAACAAUAACAAUAACAAUAACAAUAACAAUAACAAUAACAAUAACAAUAACAAUAACAAUAACAAUAACAAUAACAAUAACAAUAACAAUAACAAUAACAAUAACAAUAACAAUAAUAAUAAUAAUAAUAAUAAUAAUAAUAAUAACUGUAAUUCCAAUGUCGGUAUGGGUGGAUCGGGUUCCAACAUACCAUUCAGAGCAGGUGAUUGGAAAUGUUCUACGUGUACCUAUCACAACUUUGCUAAAAAUGUGGUAUGUUUACGUUGCGGUGGCCCAAAAUCAGUAAGUACUGAUGCAAAUGAAACAAAUCAUUAUAUAGAGGCAUCAACGGUUGUGUCAGCAUCGCAUACUCCUAGUAAUAAGAAUACGGUUGUUAAUAAUAAUGGUGGCAAUAACAUUGACCACACCGAUGGGAAAGACAAUAAAUACCAUGAUAUCAGUCUGAUGGAAUUUGUGUCGUCACCGUUAUCAAUGGCAGCAAAGUCAACUAUGGAGGGAGAUGGGAAUUUAACUUCUUUCAACGAGUUUAAAAGCGGCAAUGUUAAUGUUAGUCUUUCUAAUGGCGAUGAUAGUAAUGCUUUCGGCAAUGGUUUUAGUAGGUCGGUACGUUGGUAG